AAACGAAGAAGAAGAAGAAGAAGUAGAAGAAGCUUUGUGAAGCGCAUGCGCCCUGACCGCAGAAUAGCGUGAGUGACUUUCCUUUAUCCUGUGAGAUUUUCGGAACGAACCGAGACUUACUGAGCGGACCGGUUUCACGGAGCCGAACCGAGCCGACGGGUCCGGGUCACGGUUCUGUCUGUGGAGAGAUCCGCUCCGAUCUGAGCCGGUUUGAAAUCCAGCUAACGGCUAACAGGUAGUGUGUGUGUGUGUGUGUGCGUCUUUUAAACUAUGAGAGAGAGAGAGAGUGUGUGUGUGUGUGUGUGUGUGUGUGUGUGUGUGUGUGUGUGUGUGUGUGUGUGUGUGUGUGUGACUCAGUUUGACUCUUUUAUUUGAACAGAAUCUAAAGAAGCACAAAAACAAACUUGAUUCUGUUUAGAGACAUGUUUGUUUUUAACUCGUGUGUUGAUUGUUUGUUCGAACUCAAAUACGGUGGCCGAGAGCGACCUCUGCAAAAAAAAAAACUGAAGCCCGCUGCUAAUAAGAAAGAAACGGUUCAAAUAAAAAAAAAACCCACAACGGAAGUUAACGACGCAAAAAAAAAAGUGUUGAUGGAAAAACAAUAAAGUUACCGCAAAAAUAAUGGGACACAAAUAAAAAAGCCUCAACAGAGGUGAGCUGUCGGGGACCAAUAACAAUGAUGCAAUGGUGUCUUACAAUCUAGGCACAGCAAGAAGACAAGCAAAGAAGUGGAAAGGUUAUUGUUUAAUUUUGCUUCAUAAACUUUUUUAUGUCGUGUGGAUAGACCAUGUAGCGCCUGAGUCCAUAUGAAGUCGAACUGAAGCUAACAUUACACCAAUAUCCUCCAGUUAGAUCGUACGAUCUGUGCCAAGAUCAUAAAACACUGUUGCAUCAUCAUUAUUGGUCCCCAGCAGUUCACUUCUGUUGUGGAUUAUUUUAUUUGCAUCCUUUUAUUUUCGCAGUAAGUAACUUUUUUUGGUUUUCAUCACCACUUUUUUUUGCGUCAUUGACUGGAAACAUUCAGUCUAUGCAAAGAGUCUGAAACAGGAUCAAUAAUGUAAGGCUGCAACAACGAAUCUAUUAAGUCGAUUCGUAGUGACGAAAAAAUCCAUUGCCAACUAAUUCUGUGAUCCAUUCGUCGGGUCUUUAUAUAUGUCCAUGGACACCGGCAUGUAAACAUCAGCAGGACGCACAGAAAAGAAACAGCCAUGGCCGAGGCAGCGGCUGAGAAAAACAUGGACACAACCCAACCCAAAUCCCGACCUAAAACAUCAGUGGUGUGGGAAAACUUCACCAAGACUGAAAAGGAAGGCGUUCAGUGCAACAUUUGCAAAGACCGUUCUGCAUGGCUCGGGAGUUCAUCGAUGAUGCGUGAGCAUCUGAAGAGAAAACAUGUGUUUCUUAGCCUGGAUGAAGGCAGUGGCACUUCAGCGGACACAGGGAAAGUCAUGCCGAUAUAUUUAAAAACUACAGAGAAAUAAACAAGUUAUCGUGGUAGUGGAUGGGUGACUGGGCGCCGCCAUCUGAGUUUUACCGUUUCGCGUCCGCUACGUUACCGGAGCGAUCAUAUAUAAGAAACCGGGAACCUCGACUGCAUCUGAGCGGCUCUUUUCAGCCGCAGGCAACAUUGCCUCAAAGAAAAGAGCAAGCCUCAGCUAGGAGCAUGUCGAUAUGCUCACUUUCUUACAUUGCAAUUCCAGGUUCAUGAGGUAGAAGACUUUAAGUUUGUUCAUUGAGUUUGUUGUCACAGUGAGCGCCCCCUCAUUUAUUUUUGUUGUCUUUUUGAUGCCGCAGUCCAAGUCCUCAGUUGAAUAUGUUACCUCAGUUUACUCACAUUUUUGCACACACAGACACACGACUGUUUUUUGUUUAUUUGUUGUUACUGCAACAUCUUUACUUGAUGGGGAACUUUCAUCUGAAAAUAUGUUGAAAACAAUGUUGCAAAGAUUUGUUAACAUUCAUGUGAAAUAAUAUAUAUAUUGGGAGAUUUGCACACAUGUUCAUGAUUCCAUAAUCUACAAGCUCAAGGCAUAGAUCUUUAUUUCAUCUUGUGCUGCUGAUCUACUGUUUAUUUUGCACUAGUUCCUCCCGUACCAGUUGGAAUCAGUGUGCGGUUUGAUUUAUUUAAUUUUUAUUAAUUUUUAUUUUAUUCUAUAUCGUUGUGUCGUGCUGCUGUUCAGGGGAAGCACCAGAAGUAAGCUCAGGUGUUUGGAAAAUAAAAAUAUUUUUGGAAUAAGCAAAAAAAAAGUUUCUGUGUUUAUCCGAUUAAUCGAUUAGUUAUUAAAAUAGUCGACAGAUGAAUCUAUUAUCAAAAUAAUCGUUAGUUGCAGCCCUACAAUAAUGAUGAAUCAGGUUUACAUCAAUUUUCUUAUUUGUUAUUCUCAAAAAUGAGAAACUAAACUGCUGACAGGUGAAUGUUGUUUGUUUUUUUAAUGAAUGUAGACAGAUAUAUUGAUGUUUUUAAAUAUUGCCACAAUUUUCUAUUUCUGCUUAGUCAUCUGAAAUGAGAAAGGAAAAAAUACAAAAGGUAAUUAUGAAUAUAAAUGAAAACUGUGUUAUUCUUAAUAUUAUGAGAGGAUUUCUAUCAAACAGGAACUGUUAUAAAGCGUAAACACACAAAAGAGCGGAGGAGACGCGAGGCCUGGGCGAUUUGGGGUGACCUCAUAUGGUGGAUAUGAGCUCAUUAUGAGAGUAUUUGUAAUUAAAUUGCUCAUCCAAAUAAGUAUAAGUGAAGCUGCACACUUUUGUUUUAACAAUAACAAAUGGUAAAAAAAAGAUAAAAGGUACCAUAUGCCUUGAACUUAUUUAGUCCACUAAUAUUAGUGUUGAAGUCCUCAUCUGUUUUACAUGCUCUCCCGUGUGAGGCUCUCUGAACAUCUGUGCAUGAAAUACAGCACUCUUUUAUCCGGGGCUGCCCUGAACGCAUCACUCUCGCAUAUCUCGCGUUUGUUUUCCUUUCAUUGAAGUUUUCAUUUCCCAACAAACACUGCUUUAAAUAUAGUUUACAGCUGAAACCGACCUGAAUCAUCCCAAACUGUAAAGUGAAAGUAUCAAUCCAGUCUGUGUGGCUCAGCAGAAACAGAAGACUAUCUCCGUUUGUCUGGAAACCUGGAAACUUUAGGCAAAUAUAGUGAUCCGAUUCAUGAAUGAAUGCGGACCAUGCUACGAGAAAUUCCCGGGAGAAAUGACAAUACGGGGGGUGGGUGGGAGAUACGUCUGAAAUAGGGGAGAGUCCCGGGAUAAACGGGAGUGUUGGCAGGUAUGGAAAUGAUUGAUCGCUGUUUUGGUCUGUGGCUGCACAACUGUGGCUAGUUGUGGCUAAACUGCUAAUGCUACUCGUACCGUCAGCAGUAUAAUCACCCGCAUAAUCACUCGGUAAGAUCAGAUCUGUUAUGUUGCCGGUUUAUCGGCUUAAUUGCUCGACGUCACUUUGGAGAGACGUUGAACAACUUCUCAACUACAACAUCUUCUGAGGAUGACUCAAAGUCAUGGCUGACAUCUAUCUCGCUGCCCUCAGCUCCGCGUUUAGCUCCAUGUUCGGUCUUUCUGUUUACUUCUCCGGAAACUUACAGAAGUGAGCAGGAAAAGCUGGACUCUGAUUGGCUGUUGUGACGCACGUUUCCGCCAUGUUUGAUCGGGUAAAUAUGCUCACAGCUGAUCACCGUGAUCAAACUGAAAUUUAUCGCAAUCAUCGAUCACGAUCAUAUAAUCGCCCAGUCCUAGGAGACGCUGACUUGGACGGAUGAACUUUCAGACAGAAGACAGGGAGACACUUUUUUUUUUUAUCAACAGUCGAGAAUAAAAAUAAAAAUAACAAAGUUAUAAAGAAAUAACAAAUAAAAAUAACAAAGUUAUCAUAAAAAUAAAGUUAUAGAACAAGUAACAAAGUUAUAAUAAAACUAGUUAAAAUAAAGUUACAAUAAAAAUAAAGUAAUAAUAAAAAUAAUAAAGUUAUUUUAAAAAUAACAAAGUCAUAGUAAUUUUAACAAAGUUAUAAUAAGAAUAACUUUAUCUUAUCCGUAAAGGUUAUUUCAAUCGUUCGUCGUCUCUAAAAGUUUUAAAGUCUGAUGUUUGUGGGGACAGAAGAUCUUCGGAACCUGAAGACAGAGGAUCCGUCCUCCACCAUCGGUCUUGUGGUCCAUGAAGGUCUGAUGAAGUGGGUCAUCCGGUUUCUUUAGACUGGACCAGGGUCAUGAUGAAGUCCUGGUUUUUAGGACUUAGGUCUCAGGUCGAGUUUUCACAGACCAUCAUAGUUUAUGUUUUUUUGUCAGUCCUUCAACCAUUUGAAGGUCUCAAACGUUCACCUGUUCAUACAUUCAUCACUUUGUCUGAGGACUUGAAUCUGGACUAGUACUGGACUCCACACUCCCCCAGUCCAGACCACAAACUGAUCCUGCUUCAGUGGUCUCCAGAGCUGGAGGAGACCCAGAGGGGCUGUUCUGAGUCCACAUACUGUCAGGGUUCGUCAGUAAACAACAGAACAUUGAAAACAACUAAACUAAACGAUUUUCUCUCAAAAGUCGAGAGAAAAUCGCUAAGUUUAGAAAACAGUAAAACUUUAAGUUUCUGUGACCUUUAACCUCACCUUCACACGGUCAUCAUUCCCGUCUUCCUGUCUCAGCUCCUCAUCUCUUCCUGUUUGUGUUCAAGUGAGAAAAAGAAGCAUAGAGCCGCCGUCUGAGCAGACCGCCAUCAUGACAGAGACAGCAGGAGAAGGAGGAAGACAAAUGACAGGAAUAAAGAGGAAACACGGUGAAGAGGAGAAGGAAGAGGAGACUGUACCCACCAAAAGACUGGUAAAUAAAAGAACUAACACGUUCACUCACUCAUUCAUUCACUCUACUUUUCAGAGGAAGGCUGCAGAAACACCAGAGAUCAUGUGGCUUUUUGAGGAACCUCUGAUUGAAGAACCUCUGUUGGAGGAACCUCUGUUUGAAGAACCUUUGUUAAAGGAACCUCUGUUUGAAGAACCUUUGUUAAAGGAACCUCUGUUUGAAGAACCCCUGUUUGAUGAACCUCUUUUUGAGGGACCUCUGUUUGAGGACCCUCUGUUUCAAGAACUUCUGUUUGAAGAACCUCUGUUUGAUGAACCUCUUUUUGAGGGACCUCUGUUUGAGGACCCUCUGUUUCAAGAACUUCUGUUUGAAGAACCUCUGUUUAGAACCUCUGUUUGAAUAACCCCUGUUACAGGAACCUCUGUUUGAGGAAACUCUGUCUGAGGAACCUCUGUUUGAAGGAACAUUUAUCACAGGUACCUCUGUUUGAAGGACCUCUUUUGAGGAACCUCUGUUGGAGGAACAUUUAUCACAGGUACCUCUGUUUGUUACAGGAACCUAUGUUUAAAAAAAACCUCUGUCUGAGGAACUUCUGUUUGAGGAACCUUUGUUACAAGAACCUCUGUUUGAAGAACCUCUGUUUGAGGAACCUCUGUUUAGGAACCUCUGUUUGAGGAACCUUUGUUAUGAGAACAGCUGUUUAAAGAACCUUUGUUACAGGAACCCCUGUCUGAGGAACCUCUGUUUGAAGAAUCUCUGUUUAAGGAACCUCUGUUACAGGAACCUCUAUCUAAGGAACCUCUGUUGAAAGAACCUCUGUUUGGAACCUCUGUUGAAAGAACCUCUGUUUGGAACCUCUGUUUAAGGAACUUGUGUUUGAAGUGUGUCAUUGAUCAUUAAGUUAUUGAUUGUGUGGUAUAGAUUGUGUGUUAUAGAUUGUAAGUUUUUGAUUAUGUGUUAUUGAUCAGUAUCCUUGGACUUUAUGUUGAGUUAUUGAGCAUGUGUUAUUGAUUGUGUGUUAUUGAUUAUGUGUUAUUGAUCAGUGUGUUAUUGAUCAGUAUCCCUGGACUUCAUGUAGAGUUAUUGUUCAUGUGCUAUUGAUUGUGUGUUAUUGAUCAGUAUUCCUGGACUUCAUGUUGAGUUAUUGAUCAUGUUAUUGAUCCAUCAGGUGACUGAUCACGGCGUGAAGGUGGCGAGUCACUACAACAGUCUACAGGAAGUGGGUCUGGCGGCUCGAAGUCGAAGCCGAAUUUUCUUCAUGAGGAACUUCAACAACUGGCUGAAGAGCGUCCUGAUUGGUAAUUGAUCAGUGAUCAGUUUUCAGUUAUUGAUCCUGUAUGAGCGGCCAAUAAGGGGGUCUGCAACCAAAAACUCCAUCUGAGGCCUGUACUACGAAGCUGGAUUUGGUCUUAGCGAGAUAACUUCUGGAUAACUUCUGGGUUUUCUGUACUACGAAGGUGGAUCUCUUUUUAUCCGGGUCCGUUGCCCCGGUAACUUACGCGGAACGCCAAACCUGCUCCGGAGUUAUGUUUCAGGAUAAGAUCUCAGCAGGUAUAAAAAACCGCCCAAUGACCAAUCGGAUCUCUUGGAAAAUGGCUUGCCCACUUUUGCCGGAUCCCGGGGACAUCGUUGCACGGAUAGUGAGAGGAGCGCUUCGCAGAGAGCGUUAUAUUCAUGAUCAUUCAAACCCCUUUGAUUUACCUGAUGACGUUCUCUAUGAAUGUUACAGGUUUUCCUCAUACGGCCUCAAUAUUCAGGUAGCAUGAAGUCUAAGCAAUGCACUAAUAUUUGCCAAGCUCCAGGUUCCAAUUUCAUGCGGCAUAUCAGUCAUCAUUCAGAAUUUAUUGAAGCAGAUUAGAAAACUCCUCUUAACCCCAAAUGUGUCUGCAGAUGACAUGUGACCAUCAGAUGAUGGAGGAAAAAAGAAAAAAAGGCAGAGUGAGGAAAUCACUGUUUACGCGUUGAAAUAUGUACAAAUAAAAUCUUCCAAUAAACCUACAAACUACUUUAAAGGAUGUUUUUAGAUUUAUUUUUAUUUGCUCCCACCUACUCUUUUCCCCACUCCUGUUGUAUCUGAAAUAAUGAGGUCAGUGAUGGAGGUGAUCACACACGCUGCAUGACAACAUAUUAGGGGGGCAUAAAUUUAUGAACGCACAAAUGAAAUUUACAUAACCGGUGAUUUUUUUUGCCAGCAGUCCCUCCGGUUUUUAGCAGCUGUGUCUGUCCUGCUCCUCACUGUUAUAAUGUUGCGGUACUCCUCGUAAAACGAUGCUCUGUUCCUCGGCUGUGAAAAAUGACGUGCAGCCUUCUCCAUUGUGGAGAUUGGUCUGGUGGUACUGACCCCACCCCCUUUACGUGUGCGCGCACAGAUCUGAAGUGGCCACACCUGGAUUCAGUUAUCGAGUUGAUAACCGGCUUCGUAGUACAGCUGAUCGGGAUCGCGAAGUUGAGCAAGUUGUCGCAGAGUUAUCCUGGAUGUGUUAAUCCAGCUUUGUAGUACAGGCCUCUGGUCUCUGACUGUGGAGGACUGAGACCUUCAAGAGAGACCCGUGUCCGGUUCUCCUCUUUCAGGAGCUCUGAGACCUGGUCCUGGACCUGAGCAGGUUUUCAGGUUCUGUUUAAGUGGAUCUGUGUUCUGUUUGUUCGGCAGGUGAGAUCUUGGAGCAGGUGAGGGGGGCGGGGUCUCGUCAGGUCUCUGUUCUGGAUCUGGGCUGUGGAAAAGGUGGAGACCUGCUGAAGUGGAGAAGAGGAGGGAUCAGUCACCUGGUCUGUGCAGGUAAGACCAGAACCUGACCCGGGUGACCCAAACCAAGGAUCAGGAUCAGAGGUCUGAGGACAGGGUUCAGAAUCAGUGUCUGAGGAGAGGGUUCAGGAUCAGAGGACAGGGUUCAGGAUCAGUCUGAGGACAGGGUUCAGGAAUAGAGUCUGAGGACAGGGUUCAGGAAUAGAGUCUGAGGACAGGGUUCAGGAAUAGAGUCUGAGGACAGGGUUUAGGAUCAGUCUGAGGACAGGGUUCAGGAAUAGAGUCUGAGGACAGGGUUCAGGAAUAGAGUCUGAGGACAGGGUUCAGGAUCAGAGUCUGAGGACAGGGUUCAGAAACAGUCUGAAAAGACGGUCCUUGACAAAUCCAGUUUGAUCUAAAUUCAUUCUAUCUGGGAGUCUGUGUGAGAGUCUAUUGGCUAUGAUUGAUGUGAAUAUCUUUUGAUCAACAUUUAAAAGAGACAUCGGUCUGUAGGAUGAGCAAUUUGUCAAAUCUUUUCCUUCUUUUGGUGUUACAGUAAUAAUUGCUGAAUUCCAGGUGUCUGGCCACACUCCUGUUUCUAAAAUAUAAUUAAAGACCCUGCAGAGGAUAGGUAAUAACAAAACUCUAAAACACUUAAAAAAUUCAUUUGGAAAACCAUCACUUCCAGGGCUUUUCCCAGUUUUCCCACGUUUCUUUAUUCAAAUUUCUUUCAUGCUGUUCCUGAAGUCCUUUUAUUUUAUUUUCCAAAACUUUUUUUUCUCUUUCCCUUUUCCUCUUUUGAUGAGAUGAGUAUGCUAUUAUUUCACCCCUUAUUGUUGCUUUUGCCGCUUCCCAUAGAGUAAUAGGUAUCACUUCCUUAUCAUUUAUCUCAAGAAAAGACUUCACACUUUGUUCCAUCUUCACCUUGAAACUCUGAUCCUCCAGCAGUGAAUUUUUUAACCUCCAUAAUGUUUCCCCUUGUUCCCUUUUCAGGUUUAUUUCCAUUAUAACUGGUGCAUGAUCCGUUAUUGCUAUGGGUAAUAUUUCACAUUUUAUGACCUUUGAAAUCUCAUUCUUAAAAAUAAAAAAAUAGUCUAAUCUUGAGUAGACGUCAUGGGCACCAGAGAAAAAAGUGAAAGCCUUUUCCUGGGGGUGUAAGCAGCGCCACACAUCUACUAGCCCCAACUCGAUUUGGGCUGUCCUCAUUAACACUGCAGCUUGUUCUGCUUUAGGUUUUAUUUUGCUCUGUGUGUCCUUUUGAUUCAUAAUUAAAUUAAAACCUCCCCCCAUUAUGAUCAUACCCUUCCCUUCUGUCAUUAAUAAUGUUAGGAUUUUUUUCAUUAAAUCUGUUCCUUGUCCAGGUGGGUUAUAAACAUUGACCAGGUUUAUGUAUUCAGGGUUAUGUUCUUCUAUUUGACCAAUUACCAGAAUGUACCUCCCUUCCUUGUCUUUAAUACAUUUUUCACUAUUAAACAUAAGAUUAUUAUUAAUUAGGACUGCCACACCCCUUUUAGCCGAUGUAAAGGAGGAGGAGAAAACUACGUGUUCCACUUUAUCAAGAUGUGUUUCCUGCAGAAAAAUAAUUUCCCCUCCUUCCUUUUUAAGUUUUUGAAAUACUCUCUUCCUUUUUAUUAGAUUAUUUAAACCAUUUGUAUUCAAGGAAAUUAGUUUAAGUUUUCUCAUUAUUCUUCUCUUGGAUACCAGUUGCUUCAUAUUCAAAGCCUAUAAACUGAAAAAAUAACGCACGUAUCGAAAACAUAACACACAACAACAAAGGACCCAGAUGUGCACUUCCAGGGUCUGUAACCUCUCUAUGGUUACAACAAGAGAUAUUCCACAUUAAUAUUCUUAUGUGAAAUAGGGAGCUUUCAUAGAAAGACUCCUGCCCCAUGGUAACCCAUGAGGCCAAUAUGAGCUUGAACAGAGCCCAUAUUUGCAUGGUGGGCUGCGUACAGGCGUAUGUCCCUCCUCCGUCUCUUUAACUAAAUUAUUCACACACUUGGAAAGAGAGGUGACUAUAAACAAUGCACUCAAACACCUCCUGCGUGAACAAAAGAAGAUUAAUCAAAGGCUGGAGUAUCAAGAACAAAAAUCAAGACAAUUUAACGCCCGAAUUUUUCAAGUAAUUGAAGGAAUAGAACAACAGGAUAUGGUGGGUUUCGUUAAAUCAAUACUGGUGGAACAGUUGAAGAUACCAGCCGACACAUUCCACAUUUGUGCAGCCCACCGCUCCCACGCCAAAAAGCCGACGGGAGAAGAUGCAACACCUCGGUCUAUUGUUGUCCGCUUUCUGUCGUGGAACACCCGAGAGAAAGUGGUAAAAACUGCAUGGGCGAAAAAAGACAUUACAGCUGGAGGUAAACGCAUUUAUUUUGACAGAGACCUGCCUGAAAAGGUACAGAAAGAGAGACGCAGAUAUGCCCCACUAAGACUACAACUGAAAGAAAAAGAGAUUAAGUCCUUCAUAAUACACCCGGCGAAACUGAAGGUCUUCGAAGAGGAAGGAUCGUUCAUUAUUUACAACACACCGGAGGAUGCGGAGACGCAACUACGGGGCAAGGGAUUAAUCUCCACAGAGCCGUGCGUCGGAGCGCACCGUGGCAAGCAUGGCACACUGCGCAAAGAAGGAGCACAAUCUGCACCUUUCCAGAGGAGCGGCGGAGAUGGAGAGACUUUGGAGACCCUACUAGAAGAUGCUAUGAGGGGACUGUAAAAGGACUUGAAGUUACAGUGAACGGCGGCCUUAUGUUCAUCUCAGGAUGUGUAAUGGAGAGGUAAACACACUCUUUCUCCUAAGUGGAGCGACACAGGAAUGGGAGGACAGUAGCCAGCCACGAGACUUUAGCCUAGAAUACAGGACUCUUUUUCUUUCUUCACCUUAUUCUAAUGAGCGGAUUUUAAGCCUACUCUAUACUUGCCCCAUGCUUUUUCUGUUUUAAUGGGACUUAAAUACGCCUGAUUUCAAUCAAGCAUGGGGUCUCAGUUUCCCUCUCUUUUUUUUUCCUUCUUUUUCUUUUUCAUUUAAGUUAUGCCAUAUUUAAUUUUUAUUUAUCAUGAAUGAUCCUUAAAUGAACUGGGUGCUUAAACGUGCUUCGGAGGGGGAAAAAAAUAUUUCGGAAAGAAGAAAAGAAAAGGAAAAGUAUCUAUUUUGGGGUAUUUCUUUUUUUUUUUUUUUUUAGGUUCUGUCUAAUACUCGACUCCAAGUGUGUGAAUAAAAAACUAGUGAAGAUUUUAGAUUUUACAGAUGAACUGAUGUGUGUGUGGGUGUUUACAGUUGAACUGAGGACAGGGUUCAGGAUCAGAGGACAUGGAUCAGGAUCAGAGUCUGAGGACAGGUUUCAGGAUCAGAGUCUGAGGACAGGGUUCAGGUUCAGAAACAGUCUGAGGACAGGGUUUAGGAUCAGAGUCUGAGGACAGGGUUUAGGAUCAGAGGACAGGGUUCAGGAUCAGAGUCUGAGGACAGGGUUCAGGAUCAGAGUCUGAGGACAGGGUUUAGGAUCAGAGGACAGGGUUCAGGAUCAGAGUCUGAGGACAGGGUUCAGGAUCAGUCUGAGGAAAGGGUUCAGGAUCAGAGUCUGAGGACAGGGUUCAGAAACAGUCUGAGGACAGGGUUCAGGAUCAGAGUCUGAGGACAGGGUUCAGGUUCAGAAACAGUCUGACGACAGGGUUCAGGAUCAGAGUCUGAGGACAGGGUUCAGAAACAGUCUGAGGACAGGAUUCAGGAUCAGAGUCUGAGGACAGGGUUCAGAAACAGUCUUAGGACAUGGAUCAGGAUCAGAGUCUGAGUACAGGUUUCAGGAUCAGAGUCUGAGGACAGGGUUCAGGAUCAGAGUCUGAGGACAGGGUUCAGGAUCAGAGUCUAAAGACAGGGUUCAGGAUCAGUCUGAGGACAGGUUUCAGGAUCAGAGUCUGAGGACAGGGUUCAGGAUCAGAGUCUGAGGACAGGGUUCAGAAACAGUCUGAGGACAGGAUUCAGGAUCAGAGUCUGAGGACAGGAUUCAGGAUCAGAGGUCUGAGGACAGGGUUCAGGAUCAGAGGUCUGAGGCCAGGGUUCAGGAUCAGAAUCUCAGGACAGGGUUCAGGAUCAGUCUGAGGACAGGGUUCAGGAUCAGAGGUCUGAGGACAGGGUUCAGAAACAGCAUGAACUGAUGAACAUGUUGGUGUUUACAGAUGAAUGUGUUUGUGUUUACAGAUGUACUGGUGAAUUUGUAAGUGUUUACAGGUGAUGUGAUGAUCAGUUAGUGUUUACAAAUGAACUGAUGAACAUGUUGGUGUUUACAGAUGAACUCAUGAAUGUGUUAUCGUUGACCGUUGAAUGUGUUUGUGUUUACAGACGAAUGUGAUAGUGUUUUAAGAUGAACUAAUGAACGUGUUAGUGUUUACAGAUGAACUUAUGAAUGUGUUAGUGUUUACAGAUGAACUGAUAUAUGUCUUUGUGUUUACAGAUGAACUGAUUAACAUACCAGUGUCACAGAUGAACUGAUGAAUGCGUUUUUGUUCUUUCCUUAGAUCUCGCCGAAGUUUCGGUGGAACAGUGUCAGAGUCGUUAUAAUGACAUGAAGAGGCGGAGUCACUUUAACGAAAAACUCUUCAGCGCUCAGUUCAUCACAGCCGACUGUAGCAAGGUAGACCCCCCCCCCUUCAUGAAGUCUUGUCCUGGUUCUGAUCUUGGUUCUUCUUCUUCUUCUUCUACUUCAUCUUCUUCAGUCUCUCUAAGACUGUCUGAAAAUCUUUGUUUUCCUCUUUUGUUAGGAGGUUUUGUCUGAGAAGUUCGAUGAUUCAGAGCUCAUGUUCGACAUCUGCAGCUGUCAGUUCGUCUACCAUUACUCCUUUGAAAGUGAGCAGAAAGCUGACAUGAUGCUCAGAAAUGCCUGUGAGCGUCUGAAACCCGGAGGUUUCUUCAUCGGGACGACGCCGGACGCUUUUGAGCUGGUGUAAGCUGAGUGUUAGUGUGUGAAAGGCUGAAUUUCUCCAUCUGUGUUAUUGAUAAUGAGAGAAUUAGUCAGCUGACAGUGGUCUUUGAUAAAAUAUAAUUAUAACAUUGAAGAAGAGAAAAAAGAGGUUAGCAUUGUCUGACUUUCAGAGUUUGUCGGCUGAUGUAGACGAAUUUUUGUCUCAGUGAAGUAUCACCUUCAAACUCAUUAAACUAAAUGUUUUAGAAUAGAAUAGAAUAUUCCUUUGUUGAUCCCCCAUGGGGGAAAUUUUUUUUGCCACAGCAGCAUCACAGACAAAGGUUUUAGAAAUUUAGAAAAAGGAAAAAGGGGAGAAAAAAAUAAGAUAAAAUAAAAUAAAACUAUAUACAAUAUACACAAUUUAAGUGCCAGAAAAAGUGGUGGUGUGAGUCCAGUUCUAUUACAGUUCGUUGUAAAGUCUUAUUGUAGAAGGGAGGAAUGAUCUGCGGUAGCGCUCCGUCUUGCAAGGUCGGAGUCUCAGUCUGCUGCUGAAGGAGCUGCUUAAAGCCCCCACAGUCUGGUGCAGCGGGUGAGAGGGAUUGUCCAUGAUGGAUACAAGCUUUGUUAACAUCCUCCUCUCACCCACCUCCUCCAGGGAGUCCAAAGAACAGUCCAGGACAGAACCGGCCCUCCUGACCAGUCUAUUCAGUCUCUUCCUGUCCCUCUCGGUGCUCCCUGCCCCCCUGCAGACCACUGCAUAGAAAAGUGCAGAUGCUACCACAGAGUCAUAGAAAGUCCUGAGCAGAGUCCUGCACACUCCAAAGGACGUCAGUCUCCUCAGCAGGUGGAGACGACUUUAGCCCUUCUUGUAAAGGACGUCUGUGUUGGUUGACCAGUCCAGUUUAUUGUUGAGGUGGACACCCAGGAAUCUGUAGGACUCCACCAUCUCGAUGUCCAGACCCUGUAUGUUCACUGGAACAGUCUGAGGUGUCCUCCUCCUGCGGAAAUCCACGACCAUCUCCUUUGUCUUACUGGCGUUGAGCUGGAGGUGGUUUGUGCCACACCAGUUGACAAAGUCAGUGAUGACAGUCCUGUAUUCCCGCUCAUCCCCUGACGAUACACAUCCGACGAUGGCUGUGUCAUCAGAGAACUUCUGGAGGUGACAGCUCCCAGAGUUGUAGCUGAAGUCAGAGGUGUACAGGGUGAAGAGGAAGGGGGAGAGCACUGUCCCCUGUGGAGCCCCCGUGCUGCAGACCACCAUGUCCGAUACACAGUUCUGAAGCCUCACAAACUGUGGUCUGUCGGUGAGGUAGUCCACGGUCCAUGCGGCUAGGUGACAGUCCACUCCCGCCCGCUCGAGCUUCCCCCUGAGCAGUGAAGUCUGGAUGGUGUUGAAAGCAUGGGGAAGUCAAAAAACAUGACCCUCACAGUGCUGCUGGUGUUCACCAGGUGAGCCAUGGACCUCUGCAGCAGGUAGAUGACUGCGUCGUCCACCCCGAUGUUCGGCUGGUAUGCAAACUGCAGAGGAUCUAGAUGAGAUCGGUUGGAAAAUAUGCAUAAAAAUGAUGAUAUGAUCAAAAUACUCACUUGCCUAAUAAUUGUGCACACAGUGUAGUCUGUGAUACAAUCUGUCAUGGUGUCGAUGUCAUCACCAUGUGGGCCACACAGUACAUCCCAGUCUGUGGUCUCAGUCCUGCAGCGCCUCAGUGGCCUCCUCAGACCACCUCUUAACAUACCUGAUGGUGGGGGGUUGUUUCUUCACCAUAGGUAUGUAAAUGGGCUGCAGUCUCACCAGGUUGUGAUCUGAGCGGCCCAGCGGGGGAAGCGGGGAGGAGGUGUAUGCAUCCUUGGUGUUCGCAUACAGUAAGUCCAAAGUUUUAUCGUCUCUUGUUGGGCAUUACACAUACUGGCUGAAGGUAGGGAGAGUGGAGGAGAGCGAUGCAUGAUUGAUCAUCAUCUCUGGAGACUUUAGAGACCGAGGGUAUGAUGUUUGUAGCUUGGACACUUCACUGUGGAGGAGUUCACAGGCUGCAGCAGCAUCAGCCGAGGGGGGGAUGUAAACAGUUAACGCGAUGACGUGCGAAAACUCCCUCGGCAGGUAAUAUGGCCGCAAACUCACAGCCAGCAGCUCAAUGUCCUUAGAGCAGAGCUGCUCUUUAACACUAACGUGCCCAGCAUUACACCAUCUCUCAUUCACAUACACCGCUAUCCCGCCUCCUUUCUUCUUACCACUCUCCCUCACGCUCCGGUCCGCUCUGAAGAGGUGAAAUCCGUCCAAAGUUAUGAGCGGGUCCGGAGUGAGUUCGUUCAGCCAUGACUCUGUGAACAUCAUGAGGCUGCACUCCCGGUACUCCCACUGCAGCCUAGUCAGCGCUGUGAGCUCUUCCAUCUUGUUGGGGAGAGACCUCAUGUUUCCCAUGAUGAUGGACGGGACAGUUGGUUUGUAACGUCUCCGCUUUGCCCGAUGCUGAACUCCAGCCCUGCAUCCUCUCCUUCUCCUGCGGAGCUUGGCGGGGAUGUCUGGUCUGUCCAACGAAGCUGUUCACGGCUGUAAACAAUGGGGCCGCUGAACGGGUCGCCAGACGCGGACUUGAAAACUCCAAAAAGUAAAAGAAAACAAAGUGCUAGAGUCAUGAAGUCACCAUCCAUGGUUGGAAUAUGCAAAACACAACACUGCUAAAUAAAAAGAAAGACAAAUAAGGUGCAAAAAACAAUAAGAAGGCAAAAACGUAAAGUCUGUGAGGAGCUGCUGUGACAUGCUGCCACUCUCAGGGCACUCAGUCACACAUUGCGGAUUGAAUUUAAAAUCUUAGUUCCAUGAUUGAGAUCAGACUGAAAUCAAUUUUAAACUGAUUUAUUCAUUCUCACAAAUCGAUCGAAGAUGCUGUAAGACCCGAUCAGAUGAACUGAUAUAACCACUCAAUCCUAAAGAACCUCAUGAUCUUUAGAUUCAGUGUCGUCUCUGUUUCCAUGGAAAUAUUGACCCUCUGAUCAUCAUGAAGUGGUUUGUGAUUCAUUCUUGAAUCUUAAUAGACUAAAGGCCGAAAUAUAGACACUUAGAAAUACAAAACUGCAGUAAUGAAGAAAUAAUGGAUAAAUUAAUAAUAAUAAUAAUAAUAAUUAAUGUAUAGAUAAAUAAUAAUAAUGAAUAAUGGAUAGAUUCAUAAUAAUAAUGAUAAAUACAAAAAAUAAAUAAUACACUGAUGAAUAAUAAUGGAUAAAUUAAAAUAUAGUAAUAUAAAAAAAUGAAUAAUGGAUAGAUUUAUGAUAAAUAAUAUUAUUAAUAAUAAUAGAAAGAUUAAUAAUAAAAAAUAACGGAGGAAUUAAUAAUAAUGAAUAUUAGAUAAAUUAAUAAUAAUAAAUAAUGAAAAUAAAACGAAAUAAUAGAAUAAUAAUCAUAAUAAAUAAUAGAUUGAUGGAUUAAUGGUAAUAAUAAAUAAUGGAUAUAAAAAUAAAAAUAAUAGAUAAUGCAUGGAUUAAUUAUAAUAAUAAUAAAAAUAAUAAUUAAUUAAAAAUAUUUUUAAAAAAUAAUGGAAAGAUGAAUAAUAAUAGAAAUAAAUGGAUGGAUUAAUAAUGAUUUUAUUUAUAAUAAUAAUGAUGAAUAAUAGAUAAAUAGUAAUCAAAAUAAUAAUAAUAAUGGAUAGAUGAAUAAUAAAAAUAAUAAUGGAGGGGGUAAUAAUAAUAAUAUUAAUGUUAUUAAUAAUAAUAAUUAUUAUUAAUAAAUAAUAGAUAGAUUAAUAAUGAUUAAAAAAUAAAAAUAAUACAAAAUAAUAGAAUAAUAAUAAUGGAUAGAUUUAUAAUAAUAAUAAUAAAAAUGGAUAGAUUAAUGAUAAUAAUAAAUAAUUAAUAUGAAAAAAUAAUAAAAAUGAUAAAUGGAUGGAUUAGUAAUAAUAAUAAUGAUUAUAAUAAAUAUAGGAUAGAUAAAUAAUAACAAUAAAACCAUAAUAGAUGGAUUAAAAAUAAUAGUAAUAUAUAAUGGAUGGAUUAAUUAAAUUCUAAUAAUAAUAACAAUAAUAAUGAAUAAUAGAUCGAUUAAUAAUAAUCAUAACAAUAAUGAUGAUAAAUGAUGGAUUUUUAAUAAUAAAUAAAAAUUGAUAGAUUAUUAAUAAUUAUAAUAAAUAUUGGACAGAUAAAUGACAAUUAUAAAUAAUAAUAUUAAAACAAUAAUAAUAAAUUAUGUAUAGAUUAAUAUUAACAAUAAUAAUAAUAAUACAUAAAGGAUAGAAAUAUAAUUAAAAUAAAUAAUUGAUUUAUUAAUAAUAAUUAAUAAUGGAUAGAUUAAUAAUUAUAAUAAUAAAUAAUUGAUAGAUAAAUAAUUAUAAUAAGAAGAAGGAAUAUUAAUGGACAGAUUUAUAAUAUUAAUAAUAUAUAAUAUAAUAAUAGUAAGAAGAAGAAAUAUUAAUGGACAGAUUUAUAAUAUUAAUAAUAAAUAAUAUAAUAAUAAUAAUAGAUUAAUUAGAGGGACUUAGAACUGUUCUGUUUGGGUUUUUCUCAGCUAAUGUCAAAACAUAUUUUUUAAUCUGAGUUUGAAGCUUUCGUUCAGGACUAAAUCUUGUCUGCUGGUUUAUUCAACGACCAGCAGAAGAACAACUCAACAACGCCUCCGAGUGGACAGAAGCUGUCAUUGAAAAUCUGACUAAAAAAGAGGGUUUUGACGGUCCACAUCCUGUAAUCUGUAUUUUUAUGAACAAGGCUUCCUGUCACCAACAUCUCUCUCUCACUCUCUCUAAUAGGAAACGUCUGGAGGCAUCGGACUCCACGUCUUUUGGAAAUGAAGUUUUUAAAGUUUCCUUUCAGUCCAAAGGUUCCUACCCACUGUUUGGGUGUCAGUACCACUUUAGCCUGGAGGACGUGGUCAAUGUUCCCGAGUUCCUAGUUUACUUUCCUCUCUUUGAGCAGUAAGAAGUCCGUCUGAACGCUGAGAAUACCAAACGAUCUGUGUUUGAGGGAAAUACAACAACAAUAAUAAUAAAAAUAAUAAUUGUUAUUAUUAUAAUUAUUAUUGUUGUUGUUGUUGUUUCUGUUGUUAUUAUUAUUAUUAUUAUUAUUAUUAUUAGUAGUAGUAGUAGUAGUGUUGUUGUAAUUAUAAUUAUCAUUAUUAUUUUUAUAAUUGUUAUUACAAUGAUAAUGAUCAUUAUUAUUAUCAAUGGUUGUUGUUAUUUUUAGUAGUAGUAUUAUUGUUUUAUUAUUAUUAUCAUCAUUGUUAUUGUUAUUGAUGUUGUUGUUAUUAUAAAAAUAAUAAUAAUUCUUAUUAUUAUUAUUAUUAUUAUUAUUAUUAUUAUUAUUAUUAUUAUUAUUAUAGAAAUAAAACAGAUUCUGUUUGAGUUCCCAGUAGAACUCGUCUGACUCCACGCUGAUUCUCGUCUCCUUCACGUUUUUUUUUUUUCAGCAUGGCAAAACGUCACAACAUGCUUCUGGUGUCAAAGCAACGGUUCUCCGAGUUCUUCAAGGAGAAAGUGAAGGACGAGCAGCACCGCAGCCUAAUGAUGAAGAUGAUGGCUUUAGAGGUCAACUGAUGUUGAUGAUGAUAAUGAUGAAGAUGACGACGACCUUUUACGGUUUCAUGUCGCUGACGUCUUCAUUUAUGAUUUUUCGUUUUCUUGUUUUUCAGCCGUUUACCGCCGAGGUUAGAGGUCAGCCAGCUUCAGACAGUAGAGGAGAGUACAGCCAUGCUGAAGAGCACUGCAGCAGAGGCAGCAUCAAACUACCACUGGUGGGUCAGCUGACAGGAAACGCCAGAGUCCAGUUCUGUCCUGUCUUUGUACUUUCUGGUCCAGAGUGUUCUGGUCCAGUCCAGAGUGGUGAGCUGUCAUGUUGACCAGGCCUUGGUUUCAGGUACUAAUAGGACUUUACAAAGUCCACAAUAUGCAGGACAGUCAGGAUACAUGUGAGUUAAAGGGAUAUUCCAGUGUAAAAUUAAUUUGUGUUCGAACACACCGUAACACCGAGUUAGACACCCCCUCCAGAGAUGAAUGUUGCUGACCGCUUGCUUCUCUAGUUAUACCAACUUCAGUAACAAACGCAGGAUCCCAAUACACAACGGUCUGAGGAGCCAUAAACAAACAUCAACCAAAACGCCACUCUAUAGCCACAAAUAAUGCUCAGAACAGCACCUAACUUCAUCAACAGGACAUAUAGGGUCACAGCCAUAGUACUAUAUUCAGAGUUGUUCUAACUCCUAAGAAAACAUAAACUUAAGCGGGGGCGUUUCUUCACUUCUGUAGUCUAUAAGCUGGCCAAGAAACUUCUACUGUAGUAAAAUGAAACAGUGUUUUUAUUAAGCCGAAUUAUCAAUAAAAUCAUGAUUUUGUUAACAGGUAUGGAUUUAUGUGCUGUUGAGUUAAUAUAUUUGAACAGGAGCACAGUAAAGUUAAAUCAGCUAAUUUUCCAAUGAGGUUCUGUCACUGAACAGAACUACACCAUGUUCUACUCAGGUUAAUACAUAUAGGGUCCCAGCUAUAGUACUAGACACCAAACAUCUUUUUAACUUUGACUCAUUUCUUUAGCAAAGAGACUAAACACAACUCACCUACUCUCUUCCAGCAGACGUUUGUUUGUAGAGAGACCUCAGGCCGGUCCAUUACGGACUACAGUGGGUUGAUGCAGCUCAAGGAAUAACAUUUAUGAUCAUUUCUUUAUAAUUUUUUGAAGUAAUAAUCACCAUGCUGUUGUCAGAAUGUGGUCUGGGAUCAUAUGAAGGUCUUCCCUGAAAAAGUCUUUGUCUGGAUGGCAGCAGAUGUUGCUCCUAAACCUGGAGAUGUUGUUCAAUACUGAGGACACAGCAUCUAUGAUUUCCAGUUCUUCAUUGAAAGGACAACUGGACUUACUUGAGACAUUUCGCCUUAAGUCCAGUUGUCCUUUCUAGAAGAGUAUUAAAUUUUAGAGUUCACAGACAAGUGAUAUUAAGCCCAUGGGGUGACUCCAACUACAGAGUCCUGUUGCCCCUAAAUCUGUAGAUAUUGUUCAGCAUUAAAGGGAUAUUCUGCCGUAAGAGUUAAGUUAGGGUCAAACACACCAUAACACCGAGUUAGACACCCUCUCCAUAUUAAUCAUAAUCGAUAAUUGAUAUUAAUCAUUUUCACUGCAGCUGCAGUAGUUCUUCUGCCUUAGCAUCUCGGUCUGAUUGUAUUUCCAUGAAGAAAUGAUCAUAAAUGUUCUUCCUUGAGCUGCACUCAGUGAUCAACUCAUCAGGUGUUUAUGACAGAGAACUGUCAUAGUGCCACAGCUGAGAGUGUGUGUGUGUGUGUGUGUGUGUGUGUGUGUGAAGUCUGGUAUUUUGAAGAUGUUUGUCCUAAAUUUUGUUUGUGGAUUAAAAACUUCUUUAAUUUUGAAUCAUCUGUUUUUACUGAACAUUUUUUUCAUUUAAAUGAGUUUUUCUCCUUGAAGAGUUAAGAACCGUCAGAGAUCCAGUCUGCUCCGAUCUGUGAAUCUUCAAAAUAAAAUACUUUUUUUCGUUGUUGUGCAGGGGACACUGAGCCAAUCAGAGUGGGAGGCAACAAGUAAGUUUUUCCUUUACUGUGAGAAUCUCAGUUCUCAUGAUCAAUCUGAACUGUGAAAACACCAGUCUGUUGAAACUCCAUGAUAAAAUGAUUAACUUGACUGUGAGAAUCUCGACUCUUUAUUCAUACACUCUGACUGUGUGUGUUGAUAUGAACUUUUCUCUUGGUUUCAGGUAUCUACCUGGUGUUUGUAUUUCAGAAGAUGUCCUGAUGCUCAGACAGCUGCUCACCAACUGUCCUCCUCUUAUUGUGACUGUAUGAUCUACCUGUUUUAUUUCUAGGUCAGUCUUUGAUAAACUUUGAUCGGUGAUAUUCUUUGAUGCAGAAAUCAAUAAAAUCCAGGUUCAAGCUCA